AAUUGGGAGGACAGAUUCUGAUCUUGUUCCAAAGGUUUAGACAUUGUCAAUAUUUCGUAAAAUGUUUUCUUUUCUUUUUUUAGAUGUAUAACUUCAGAUCAAAGAUCCGCAAGCCUAAUGGCGAGAGGCCAAAUGAUAUCGAAUACAGUCUAAUGCAGGCUUUAUUUGAUUUGGAGACGAAUAGUGACCUUAAACUACAGCUUAGAGAACUCCAUAUUAUUGCUGCAAGAGAGGUUGAAGUUGCUGGUAAACAGGCUAUUGUUAUUUUUGUGCCGUAUAUUCUUUUGAAAAACUUUCAAAAAAUCCAAACUCGUCUGGUAAGAGAAUUGGAAAAGAAAUACAGCGGCAAGCAUGUCGUCUUUGUAGCCCAGAGAAAAAUCUUGGCUCAGCCACAGAGAAACUGUAAACAAAAGAACCGAGGUAAAAAACAGAAAUUACAGAGAUCUCGACUUCGAACUUUAACUAAAGUACAUGAGGAUCUAUUAGAUGAUAUUUGUUAUCCAGCUGAAAUCGUUGGUAAAAGGAUUCGAGUGAAGUUAGACGGUUCUCGACUAAUCAAGGUUCAUUUAGAUAAAACACAACAAACUAAUAUUGAACACAAAGUUGACACAUUCACAGCUGUGUAUAAAACAUUAACUGGUAAAGAUGUGAAAUUUGAAUUCCCAGAUUAUGGUUUGUAAAAGUGAAAAUGUUAUAUACUAUUAAUUAGACAUUAAUUAACUUAUCCAGACCAUAAUCAGGUCUUGAUGCCAUCGCUAGCCCGCGAUAUUUAGUGGAUUUGAAUCCGAUCUGAUGUUCAUUGAUGAUCAAUCACAAACAUGGAUAAUCGAGACUGUUAAUUAUCGUGAAAUCCUUAACAAUGCUGAUCGAGGCUGCAGUGAUUUUAAAAUAAGGUUUUCUCGGCUUAGAGGGAAGCAAUUUGACUGAAAUUUUUAACAUAUUCCCUUUGCAUUAUCUAUUUUUAACUAUUAUAGUAAGAACUGCCAGCUCUUUAUCUAAUCUCCCAUAAUGUAUCUUUAAUUAAAUGUUAGUUAAACAAUCAAUUUGAGUACAUUUUAGCAUAGAUUAAGACGGGAGUUCAUUUCUUAAUAAGGAUAUUGUCAUGUGAUUUUUUUUGUUAUUUAUUGCAGUGACACAGUUUCCUAAUUUAGGUAGAAAUACAAAUAAGGGUACGCCAUUAAAAAGGUCUAUGAGUAGUACAAGUGCAGAACCACCAUCAAAAGUGAAGAAGUCUUUAACUGAUGCUUGGGUCAAUUACAAUUUUACAGUUAAAAAUAAAAAAAAUUCUUAUCCAUAAUCACCUGUUAAAUUUAUACAAACUGUAUUCCUUUUAUACAAAGACUCCCUUAUUCAUUAGGGGUGGGUGGGUAGAUGGCCGAAUGGUAAACACGUACGCGCUGUAUCAUAAAGCCUGUCAUUUAGUCAACUGGCGUGAUUUCGAAUCCCCGGUUGUACGUGACAAGGAGUAGGUCGCUUGUCCAGCCUCGUGGCUUUACUUCGGCACCUACAGGUUCCUCCCACUGCUAAAGACCCCUACGUGCAAGCGAAUUAUUGAAAUAAAAUUAAACCAUAUGUUAGUCUCUCUCUCUCUCCCUUAUUCAUUAACUGUCACAGUGGUAUCCUCCCUUUAUGGGAUUGUGUUGUAUGAACUCUGGUAUUUCUUUCCCCUUUGACAUCUAUAGGGAUAAUUAAUUAAGGCUACCUGUAGAUUUUGUCAAAGUCACAAGAUGUAAACAGGGUUGUGAGUUAGGGGUAAAGGUAUGAUUAGGUUGACCUUGACGCAAUCUGCACAUGGCCUUAAUAUUUAGAUCUAACGGUUCACUCGAUUGUCACUAUAUUGUUAUAUUGAUCAGUACAAGCAUUUGAAGAUGAUGGUGUAGAAGUUUAUACUGAUGGUGCAGAAGUUUAUACUGAUGGUGCUUGUUUUGAUAAUGGUAAAACAUAUGCUCGUGCAGGUAUGGGUGUGUUCUGGGGUGUUAAAGAUAAAAGAAAUAUAAGUAAAAGAUUAGCAGGAAGACAGACUAACAACAGAGCUGAAAUUCAUGCGGCUCGAGUAGCUAUUGAACAAGCUAAGAAGAUAAAGAUUAAAAACCUUAUUUUAUAUACAGACAGUAAAUUUGUAAUCAACAGUAUAACGGAAUGGAUCAAAGGUUGGAAACGGAAUGGAUGGAUUAAAUCAAAAGGAGAACUUGUCAUCAAUAAAGAUGAUUUUCAAGAAUUAGACGAAGCUUUAAAAGGAAUAAAUGUAAAAUGGGUUCAUGUCAGGGGCCAUAGUGGUAUCCCUGGAAACGAAGCAGCCAAUAAAUUAGCCAAUAAAGGAGCCAAGAAAUCUCUUCCGUAAUGAAUGAAUGAAAGAGAUGUGUAUUAGUUGAUAAAUGUGAUAUGAAUGUGUGUUCGUGAGAAUGAAUCUGAUUUACCAAUUUGAAGUGCCAUAUUUUAAUGAAUUUGACAGUUAGAAAUCGAAAUAAAAGAAUAGGACAUAGUGCCACCGUCGGGCAAAGUUUCCCUCAGAGCACAUUGCCUGGCAUAUGCUUAUCUUCAAUAACCCGGUUGGCUUAGAAAAGUAGGACGUCAUCGCCUAUUUUAGAAUAUGUUAAAAUAUGCAAUUUGUGUAUGAUUUAAGGGGGUGGACAGUAAAAAAUUUUAGUUUUUUUAAUAAUUGAGGUAAAGUCACCAUUCUUACACAUCUAAGAACACAUCCAUUGAGUAUUACAAAAACGGCCGAAAAAUUUUCCUGGGGGGUACCUGUUGCUAUGGAAACGGCGGCCAUCUUGGAUUUCUGCGUAUAAUUUUAGUCAUCCAGUUUCUCAGAAACUAUUCAAUAGAAUGUUUUAAAAUUAAGCAGAAUAAUAAUUAGAAAGCAAGUUAUACACAUUUUAAUGUUAACUUCAAAAUUCUUUCACGUGUCACAGUUGCUAUGGCAACAAUAUAUCAGGAACUAUUUUGCAGAUUUCAAUAAAAUUCUCCUAUUGCACAAAGUUAUUAUAUAGGAAGUUAUAUUCCAAGUUUCAAGAAAAUCUGACGAUAACUUUCAGAGAUAUAGCAUGACUAAAAUUGGUAACUCUAGAAAAAAACUGUUUUGAGAAAUCAACAACUGAAGUUGAAGUAUUUCAGUAGAACAACUUACGCCGAUCUUUUCAAUUCAUUUAUUUAAUAUUAAUAAACUGACUUUUAAUAUAUAUAUAUUUUCUAAUGUAUUUCUUAUCAAUAUACAGUAUUUUCUUAUUUUAUUUAAUAUUAAUAAACUGACUUUUAAUAUAUAUAUUUUCUAAUGUAUUUCUUAUCAAUAUACAGUAUUUUCUUAUUUUAUUUAAUAUUAAUAAACUGACUUUUAAUAUAUAUAUUUUCUAAUGUAUUUCUUAUCAAUAUACAGUAUUUUCUUAUUUUAUUUCUUGUGUGUAAAUUUACAACCGAACAUUGACAUAGGAAUAGAUGUUAUUCAAAACAACCAUAACUAUAUAAUCACUGACAGCAGGCCUACCUGGUAAUGGUAUUGCAACCAUACCACUACUAGGUCUAGCAGACGAAUAUUCAUCUUCAUUUUGUUUAUUAUGAGUGUCUGUCAUACUUAUUUAGUCAUCUAACAAUUUCAAACGCAUUUUAUUUGAAAAUCUUCAAAAAUAUUGAUAAACAGUGACGUACGGUUCAGUAAUAUAGCAACCAGGAUUGAUUUGGGACAUGAGCUUAGUGCGCAUGCCUAUUGACCUGACCUAGAGGAUUGCCCGCUUCUGAUUGGACACUUCACCAUUGACCUAUGUGACCGACCAAUCAAAUAACGUAUUCUCGAAAUAACCUCAUUAGGUAUGCAAAACUUGUUCUUGCUUGCUAUUUUUAUCUCAAUACAGAAGAAAGGUUUCAAGACACCCCCAUAAAACGUCAUUUCCUUUCAAUAGGGGGGAUCCCAAGCUUUCUAACAGUAUCCAACAUGGCGACAGUUUACCGGUCGGAAGCCGAGUAUUUCACGUAUGAAAUGCCUAUUGAUUUUAGAUUUAUAUCAAUAGUUUUAGCGGAAUUAGGGCAAAAUAAAAAAGGGUGGGAUCAUUCAGAACCAAAUUUUGUAGAAAUAAAGAAGAAUUUUGUAAAAAAAAAUGACUGGUAUGUGUUCCUAAAUAGUGUUACUCGCAGAUGAUCAUAAAACCUCAAAAACGAUUUUAUUGUUAAAAUUCACCAAAUGAAGUGCGAACGACGGCCUUAAACCGCCAGAAGCUACUCUUAUAAACCUGCGGAGUUGAACCAUUGGUAGCCACUCUUAUAAACCCACAGAGAGUUAAACCGCCAGUAGCCACUCUGAUAAACAACCAAUAGCCACUCUUAUAAACCUGCAGAGAGUUGAACCGCCAGAAGCUACUCUUAUAAACAUGCAAAGAAUUAAACUAACAGUAGCCACUCUUAUAAACACUCAGUGGCCAUAUGUUGUAUUUCAUUAAUUUGAAAGUUUCAUUUGUUCAUUAAUAUUUAUUACAUAGUUGAGUUGAAUAAAGGUUUAUGGUUCUA